AUGAGUCGCUUGAUGAUGGGAAAUGAUGCUGCUGCAUCCAUGAACGAAGAAUUCAACGCCGAUGAUUUACCAGAAGUGAACUGGGAAUCCUACCAGGAAGCCGGAAUUUUGACACCACUUGAAAGACAACGUAUUGAAAGUAUCAGUAUGAAGAGAAGCGAUGUAAAGAGUGUCAUGGAUACCGUCAGGCAAACUGGUAACGUCGAAUACAUUCAACUCUUCAUUAAAUUGUUGAAUGGAGUGCACAAAAACGAGGCAUUGAUCAACAUUUUGUACUUGAUUGAUUUGUUGUUUGAAAACGACAAGGCCUUUUGUGUUCAAUUCCAUGACAUUGACCAAAACGGAACAGACAAUCAAAACAACCCAUUCACCGCUUUCCUUUCAUUGUUCAUCAGAAACGACAUUUUCAUCACAGAGAAGGCUUUUAAUUGCUUGAGUAAAUUGUUUGAAUUAGAUGCCGACAAGGAGACUAGAUCCAGCUUGUACAACACUCCAGAAGAUGUGGAAAUGUACAAACAAUUACAACAAUUGGAGAGACAAAAUCAACGUGGUAAAGCCCCAGAAUAUGGAUACAGACAUCAAUCUCAACUCGAGAGCUUUAUUGAAGGUAUUGCUUCUCAACUCAAAAACUCUGGUGAUGAUGUAAGAAAGGCCAGAAUGUGUGUCAGAGCAUUGAUGAGACUCUUGAAACGCAAUGACUGUCGUGCCAUUUUGAAUAAGGUCAAGGGUAUUCCUCCAUUGAUUAACUUGUUGCGUGUUCAUCGUACCAACGUACAGAUUUUGUAUGAGGUUUCUUGCUGCUUGUGGAUGCUCACAUUUCAUGAAAAUGCUGUCAGCUUCUUCCAGAAUGAAGCAUUGGUUCCAAAAUUGCACGAUGUUUUGAAGAGCGCUCAAAAAGAGAAGGUGAUUCGAAUAAUUUUGGCCACAUUUAAGAAUUUGUUGAAAUAUUCCAAGUUUGUGACAUCCAUGGUGAACGUGAGUGUUCCAAAGACUCUUCUCAAUUUACAGAAGCGUUCAUUCGAAGACAAGGACAUUACUGAAGAACUAAAGUCUCUUAUUGAGACACUUGAUGCUCAUAUUGAUGAGAUUAGCUCUUUCGAUGAGUAUCGCCAAGAAGUUUUGAGUGGUCACUUGGAAUGGACACCUGUUCACAGCUCUGAAAAGUUCUGGAAGGAAAAUAUGGACAAGAUGGAACAAAACAAUUUUUAUAUUCUUCGUGAAUUGAUCAAGUUACUGGAAGAUGAAUCCAAUGCCGACAACUUGGCAAUUGGCUGCCAUGACAUUGGAGAAUUUGUUCGUUAUCAUAACCGUGGUAAGCGUGUCAUUACGGAUUUGGGUGCCAAGGCAAGAAUUAUCCAAUUGAUGGAACAUCCAAACGAAGAGGUCAAGAAGCACGCUUUACAAUGUUGUCAAAAGAUCAUGGUUAAGAAUUGGGAAUUCAUUAAAUAA